AUGCCCACCGCUGAAUUUUCUAACACUGCCAUGGGCGAUGCUGCAGAGCAGAUUAUGAAAGUUGUACAGAAGGCGGCAAAGCUGAGGGAUGGUCAUCCCGAUUACCUCAAGCUGGCUGUGGAAAUUGGAUAUCUGAUGUCUACGGUAUUUGCCACCCAUGCCAUGGAGAUGCUGGAGCACCUGGAUUCGGUGAAACAAUCAUUUGCCAGUGCACCUGUAUGGGCCAAGAUCCAAACUGAUGAUCCCCAAAUCCAACAACAUCCUUUGAGGGAGAAGGCACAAAGCAUUACCGCUACCAGGCCGCAACCUAAUGUGGUGGUGAAAGCAGCCACCGGCAUUGCCGGUAUGGCGGCCACGGUGAAGGUGAAGCCUAGGCCGAAGCCAGCAAAGCCAAUGCCAAAGAAGACAAAAGUGGCGCAUGGGUCCCAUGAGUCUCAGGCAAAUGACGCAGGCCAUACUCAAGGGAAGUCACCGCCGGCAUAUACCUCCUCCCAGAAAGGUAACUUCCUUUGCAUGUCUUGCCACUGCUGCAGAGGUGGUGGAAGAUUGUAUGAUCUGACUGGUAAAAAGGUGGCGGCGGCUUUCCUCAAGGACAGCAUGGGCCUUGCUGCGGCAACUGAUCCAGUGGAUGACUUGCUGAUGACUCUUCACUGGCGGCACCCUGUGAUGGUCGGAUAUUACUGCUUCUUCCCCAUCAUCAGAUGA